CGGCAAACGACUUUUCUCCUUGCCUCCUCGCCCCGCAUGUUCAGGACCAAACGAUCUGCGCUCGUCCGGCGUCUCUGGAGGAGCCGUGCGCCCGGCGGCGAGGACGAGGAGGAGGGCGCGGGGGGAGGUGGAGGAGGAGGCGAGCUGCGGGGAGAAGGGGCGACGGACGGACGGGCACAUGGGGCCGGUGGCAGCGGCGCAGGCAGGGCUGGCUGCUGCCUGGGCAAGGCGGCCCGAGGUGCCAAAGGUCACCAUCCCCACCCCCCAGCCGCGGGCACCGGUGCGGCCGGGUGCGCCGAGGCGGAUCUGAAGGCACUCACCCACUCGGUGCUCAAGAAACUGAAGGAACGGCAGCUGGAGCUGCUGCUCCAGGCCGUGGAGUCCCGCGGCGGUACGCGCACCGCGUGCCUCUUGCUGCCCGGCCGCCUGGACUGCAGGCUGGGCCUGGGGGCGCCCGCCGGCUCGCAGCCCGCCCAGUCGCCCUCGUCCUAUUCGCUCCCCCUCCUGCUGUGCAAAGUGUUCAGGUGGCCGGAUCUCAGGCAUUCCUCGGAAGUCAAGAGGCUGUGUUGCUGUGAAUCUUACGGGAAGAUCAACCCCGAGCUGGUGUGCUGCAACCCCCAUCACCUUAGUCGACUCUGCGAACUAGAGUCUCCUCCUCCUCCCUACUCCAGAUACCCGAUGGAUUUUCUCAAACCAACUGCAGACUGUCCAGAUGCUGUGCCUUCCUCCGCUGAAACAGGGGGAACGAAUUAUCUGGCCCCUGGGGGGCUUUCAGAUUCCCACCUUCUCCUGGAGCCUGGGGAUCGGUCACACUGGUGCGUGGUGGCAUACUGGGAGGAGAAGACGCGCGUGGGGCGGCUCUACUGCGUCCAGGAGCCCUCCCUGGACAUCUUCUAUGAUCUACCUCAGGGGAACGGCUUUUGCCUCGGACAGCUCAAUUCGGACAACAAGAGUCAGCUGGUGCAGAAAGUGCGGAGCAAAAUCGGCUGCGGCAUCCAGCUCACGCGGGAGGUGGACGGCGUGUGGGUGUACAACCGCAGCAGCUACCCCAUCUUCAUCAAGUCGGCCACACUGGACAACCCGGACUCCAGGACGCUGCUGGUGCACAAGGUGUUCCCCGGCUUCUCCAUCAAGGCCUUCGACUACGAGAAGGCGUACAGCCUGCAGCGGCCCAACGACCACGAGUUCAUGCAGCAGCCGUGGACUGGCUUCACCGUGCAGAUCAGCUUCGUGAAGGGCUGGGGCCAGUGCUACACCCGCCAGUUCAUCAGCAGCUGCCCGUGCUGGCUGGAGGUCAUCUUCAACAGCCGGUAGCCGCGCGCUGGCGGCCGAGGACAGAGCGAGCCGGGCGGGCCCAGUCCAAACUACUUUGCUGCUAAUAUUUUCCUCCUGAGUGCUUGCUUUUCAUGCAGAAGUCUUUGGUCAUUGUUCUUUUUUUUUUUCUCUCUCUCUCCUUCUUGUCAUCCUUGUUUAUGUUCCGUUUUGUUUUGUUCUUUGAGAAGUAGCUUAUGAAAAGAAUUGUUGGGGUCUUUUUUGGGGGGGAGAGAUCAUACGGUUGGCAAGACACCCCCAUGUGAAAAGGGGAAGCAAAAAUCAGUCCCCCUGAACACAGUGCAUGAAUGGGGAGCAGCCCCUAAUUCUGGGGGUCAUCGUUUCACUUGUCAGGGUGGGUAUGUGAACAGGUGGGUGUGUGUGUGUGUGCGCACGCCCAUGAGCUCUGUGCUCCCAGCUGUGUCUCCCUUGCCCUCUGGACAUGCUCAGUGAGGCAGAGACAGCACCUGGGGCAGCCUGAGCCCAAUGUCUCAGCAGUUGCCUGAAGCAAGGCUCUGCCCUCAGCCAGGGAAGCCCCCCGCCCCGCCCUCCCCUUCUAAGGACCCAGGCCUGUCACUAGGCUUCUUAGAAACAACGCUGACUCAGAAUCGUUUUCGAGUUUGUCUUAACUCCCCUCCAGCCACCCUGUUGCCAUUGUCUUCCCUCUGUGGCACCUGCUCCUGGAUGUGUCUGAGCUACAGUAUUGCUCACCCGGUGCCCUCUCAGGCCCUCAGCCUCUCCCCUGCCCCGGACCCCUCAGGUUUUACCCGGACUCAGAAAAUCAGCUCAGCACUUUGCUCUCCUGCGGCCUGUGUUGAGCUCUGCUGUUAGACCAGCGAGGGGAGCAGCCCGCUUCCCACCAAGGAUUCGGUCCAUCAUAACCCAAGGUACCGUCCUGGACUGACACCUAACUCUUCUUUCGUUUCUUCUCCAACUCAUACACUCGUAUGAUGUGUUGACACUGCUCUUAGCUCAAUGAGCAUGUUUAGACUUUAACAUAAGCUAUUUUUCUAACUACAAAGGUUUAAGUGAACAAGAGAAGCAUUCUCAUUGGAAAUUUAGCAUUGUAGUGCUUUUGAGAGAAAGGACUCCUGGAAAAAAAACAAAAAACACACAAAACCCUGAGAUUUAUUAAAGAAAAAAUGUAUUUUAUGUUAUAUAUAAAUAUAUUAUUACUUGUAAAUAUAAAGACGUUUUAUAAGCAUCAUUAUUUAUGUAUUGUGCAAUGUGUAUAAACAAGAAAAAUAAAGAAAAGAUGCACUUUGCUUUAAUAUAAAUGCAAAUAACAAAUGCCAAAUUAAAAAAAAGAUAAACACAAGAUUGGUGUUUUUUUCUAUGGGUGUUAUCACCUGGCUGAAUGUUUUUCUAAAGGAGUUUAUGUUCCAUUAAACAAUUUUUAAAAUGUAUACUUGA